AUGCCAUACCACUUUGUAUAUCACGAGCUCGAUCCUGAUGGCAACGUCAUUCUCGUCUUUACAAUCGCAGAACGCGCCCCCGAUGCUGAACAUGAACACACAAAGACUGGAGCCUCGACAUCACCAAGUGGAGACAGUAGUACACCAAGAAAUACUUAUGAGUCGCCAGCCCCCGGUUCAGCGAAUGAGCCACAAGACACGGAGUCCAAGAAUGAACCAAGAAGAGUCCGGCUCUCCUCAAAGCAUCGUACUCUGGUAUCUCCUGUUUUCCGAAGAAUGUUCAACGGUCCCUGGAAGGAGGCCCAGAAUCUCGCGGCUGGAGGCUGUGCUCAAGUGCAAAUGUAUUGCUGGGAUGCCGUGGCUAUCCUGAUCCUGAUGAAUAUCAUCCACAGCCGCAGUCGACAAGUGCCCCGAUAA